CCCCCCCCCCCAAGACCCAUCUACUAACAAUGACCCCAAACCAUUUUUUCUCAAGGAAAAGGCAACCCAUGGACGGAAGAGUGGGAGAAAAGAGCCGAAGCUUCGUCUGCCCGCAGGGCCGGACCCCAACAGCCGUAUUUUUCCAGCCGGUUGCCCGCUCCUGACCGCCUUCCGCGGUCGGUCAUUUUGUUGUUGUUGUCGUCGAAGAAGAGUGGGGGGGGGGGGGGGCCGGGGGUUUUGAGACCCAUUUCGGUUAAAUCUCCUCACGUCAAGAAAUUAAUAUUCCUCGAAACCCGCGGCCGGGGCCCAGCGGAUCUUUCCUUCCCCUCCCUGAUCCGGCCCGAUGGAGACGGUGGGGAAGUUUGAGUUCAGCAGGAAAGAUCUAAUUGGACAUGGGGCCUUCGCUGUUGUCUUCAAGGGGAGGCACCAAGAGAAACAUGAUCUGGAAGUGGCUGUCAAAUGUAUUAACAAGAAAAACCUCGCAAAGUCCCAGACUCUGUUGGGGAAGGAAAUCAAAAUUCUGAAGGAACUGAAACAUGAAAACAUCGUUGCCUUGUAUGACUUUCAGGAAAUGGCCAACUCUGUCUACUUGGUAAUGGAGUAUUGCAAUGGCGGGGACCUGGCCGACUACCUGCAUUCCAUGCGGACGCUCAGCGAGGACACGAUCCGGAUCUUCCUCCAGCAGAUCGCGGGUGCCAUGAAGAUGCUCCACAGCAAAGGCAUCAUCCACCGGGACCUGAAGCCACAGAACAUCCUCCUGUCCUACCCUGGGGCCCGCAAGUCCAACCCCAACAACAUUCGCGUGAAGAUCGCUGACUUUGGAUUUGCCCGGUAUCUGCAGAACAACAUGAUGGCGGCCACGCUGUGCGGCUCCCCCAUGUACAUGGCUCCAGAAGUUAUCAUGUCCCAGCACUACGAUGCCAAGGCCGACCUGUGGAGCAUAGGCACCAUCAUCUACCAGUGUCUGACCGGAAAGGCUCCCUUCCAGGCCAGCAGCCCCCAAGACCUCCGGCUCUUCUAUGAGAAAAACAAGACCCUGAUGCCCAACAUCCCCAGGGAGACCUCCGGCCACCUGAGACAACUGCUCCUGGGACUUCUCCAGCGGAAUCACAAGGACCGCAUGGACUUUGAUGAAUUUUUCCAUCAUCCUUUCUUGGAUGCGAGCUCCUCCAUCAAGAAAUCCCCUCCGGUGCCGAUGCCUUCGUACCCGAGCUCGGGGUCCGGCAGCUCUUCCAGCAGCUCAUCCACCUCACACCUGGCUUCCCCCCCUUCCUUGGGAGAGAUGCAGCAGCUGCAGAAGACACUGACGUCCCCAAAUCAGGACACCACGGGCUUCCUUCACCGAUCCAAGGAUUCGGCUGGCAGCAGCAGCAAGAACUCAUCCUGUGACACCGAUGACUUUGUCAUGGUUCCCGCCCAGUUCCCAAGUGAUAUUGCCGCCGAGGCCGCGGGAGGGAAGCCCGUCCAGGACAGCCUGAUGUAUAGUGGGAGUUCGUUGGUGACUUCAGCAGGACUGGAGAGCCAGGGACAGACACCGUCACCCUCACCCCCAUAUGGCAACUCGCCCAGCCCAUCAGGUCGGCCCGGCCCGUUCUCCGGCAGCAAAUAUGGCCCUUCCAUCCCCAUCCCAGUCCCGACGCAAAUCCAGAACUACAAGCGCAUCGAGCAGAACCUCCAGUCUCCCAUCCAGUACACGCCUCCACGGUCUUGUGUGGUGCGGGCACCCAUCAACACAAGCCCCCUGGGGUUUGCCAGAAUCAGCCCCUCGCCCCCUUCCCAUGGAGAGCACGGAGCCGCCUUCACCAGGAAGUUCUCCCUCUGUGGGGCAAAUCCCUACCCACCAUCUCCCCAAGUUGGAACGAUCCCAGAGCGGCCUGGACAGAGCCUGAUCCCCUCCCCACAAGGAGCCGAAUUGCGCGCCUGGCUCCCCAUCCCUGGCGCCUCCCUGCCCGAGCCCUCGACCCGUGGGCUGGGCUCCCGCUUGCACAGCGCCCCCAACCUGUCCGACCUGCACGUGGUGCGGCCGAAGCUGCCCAAGCCACCGUCUGAGCCGCUGGUUGCCGCGUGCGGCCAUGCCCAGGCCAGCCCGCCCCACGGCCUGCAGGCCUGCCGGCCACUCCGCUCGUCCCCCAAGUUGUCCGAAUUCAUGCAGAGGAACCCCCUGCCUACCAUCGUCGGCUCCCCGACCAAGGCCAUGCCCCCUUUCGACUUCCCCAAGACCCCUAGCUCCCAGAACCUGCUUGCGCUGCUGGCUCACCAAGGGAUGGUGGUGACGCCCACCAGGAACCGGACCCUGCCGGACCUGAAGGAGAUGGGUCAUUUUCAAGGCCAGCACCCGGGCCUCGGCUUCCGGCCCGUGGAGGAGAUCAAGGGCCCUUUCGGCAGAUCUAGGUCUCUAAGCACCGGCCGCCUCACUGACCUGCUUCUCAAGGCCGCCUUCGGAGCCCAGGUUUCAGAAGCGGGAAGCAAUGACAGUCUCAACAAUGAGAAACCGAUGGAGAUCACAGGGCCCUCUGCUGGUUACGGAGGAAACCUUUUCUCUGGUGCUAGGGCUGGGGGCUCCUCCAGCCCCUCUCCUGUUGUCUUCACCGUGGGCUCCCCCCCCAGUGGGACGACCCCUCCCCAGGCCCCCAGAACCAGGAUGUUUUCAGGCUGGUUGGAACCGAACCUGAAGUUUUUGGAUCUCCCAACAUUGGAGUUUGGCUCUGGUAAUCAUCCUCAUCAAGUGGGCUCGUCGGGCUCCCCGAGCUCAGGAACCUCCUUCAGUCGCCACAUGCUCCUGGGGACGGGCGCCGAAGCCCCAGAGGCCCCGUCCAGCCUGCGCUGCACCUUCACUGACCCCAUCACCGCCAACCUGGAGGGGGCGGUGACCUUCGAGGCCCCAGAGCUCCCAGAGGAGACGCUAAUGGAGCAAGAACACACUGACAUACUGCGCAGUCUGCGCUUCACCCUGGCCUUCGUCCACUCCGUCAUGGAGAUCGCAGCCGUCAAGGGCAGUGCCGGUGAGCUGGGCAGCUCGGUGGCCUCGGAGUACCAGCUGCAGGAGAGCGUGGUGGCCGACCAGAUCAGCCUGCUGAGCCGGGAGUGGAGCUACGCUGAGCAACUGGUGCUCUAUCUGAAAGUGGCCGAGCUGCUCUCCUCCGGCCUGCAGACAACCAUCGAGCAGAUCAAAGCCGGCAAGCUCUGCCUCUCAUCCACGGUCAAACAAGUGGUGAGGAAACUGAAUGAACUGUACAAGUCUAGUGUGUCGGCCUGCCACUGUCUGAAUGUACGGCUGCAGCGGUUCUUCCUGGACAAGCAGAAGCUCAUGGACCGGAUCAACAGCAUCACGGCCGAGAAGCUCAUCUUCAGCUCGGCCGUGCAGAUGGUUCAGUCGGCUGCCCUGGAUGAGAUGUUCCACCACCGGGAAGACUGUGUUCAGCGCUACCACAAGGCAUUGCUGUUGAUGGAGGGGCUGCUGCCCAUCAUCACAGAGCAGACCGACAUCGAGAACAUCAACAAAUGUAAGAUGUGCAUCGAGCGGCGACUGUCAGCUCUGCUGUCCGGCAUCUGUGCGUGAACCAGCCGGCGUCUGCCUCCAGUCCACGCCCCAAGACAACCGCUUUCAGUUUUUAGUCUCGGGCCGCAGAGCGGAGCCCGCCGGGCGGUGGGAGGCCCAGCCCUGGAUGGCAUUGCCGCUGGACUUGUCUUCAGGAAGGGCCGGCCCCACAGCGAGACAGAUCGGCUCUCUUCAGGCAGAGACCUGGGCCACGGCAAUCCAGGCCGGCUUCACCCCUCUCAGAGCCGCCUGGGACGGAGAGGGAAAGCGGCAGGAGGGACUCUCCUGCUCCCCUGCUCUCCUUAGAGCCAAGCUGCUACAUACAAAUCCUCCCUUCCCAUGGGUAGUGUCUCCCUCCGGGGAGCGGGCGGGGGGGCCGGGUCGGACGUGGCGGGGGGGCGUCCAUUGCAGGCAGCGGACACCGUGAAUUCACCUUCCCUGACGACACAAGGCCAGUUGUGAGUGUUCUCUUUCCUCCCUCCUCUUCCUCCUCCUCCUCCUCCCCCCUCCCUCCCACUGACCGCCAAUCACCCGGCAGGGUCCUGGAGCGACCGCUGUCUCCCGCCCCUUCUCCUGGGGCCUGAGAAGAGGCGAGCCGGAGGAGCUCCCCUUGCCGGGCAGAGAGCGGCCCGGUUACCCCAGGGUUCGCCCAGGGACGCUUCCUGCGGACCCACCCCCCGCCCCGGGGCCUGUGGGGAACAGCCCGGCCUCCACCCACCGCCGGGAACGGGGGAGCGACCCAGGAAAAGGAAAAGCUUUCUUGAAUAAAGAACUCGAUCCUUCUGCCGGAUCUCCAAGCCAAAACGUGCAUUUUCUCCAGCUCCAUCUUCAGAGACAGGGCCAGGCCAACCUGCGCAAGAGAAUCUGCCACCUCCUCCUACUUUUAAUCAUUCUUCAGAGAACCCAAAAAGCCUCCCCACUAGCUUUGUGAAUCAAAGGAGCACUUUAUACGGGAUGGAGACUUGAAAACCUCGAAAAUGCGUUAUGGGGUGUUCCAGGAACAUACUGACAGCAAGGAAUUAUGCUGGUCCUUUAUAUUCCUCCCCCACCCCCGCUCCCUUUUUUCCUGGUUACUUUAUUGCACUACGAGUGUGUACAUAUAUAAAUAGAGCUGUGUGUGCGUGGGUGUGUGUUGUAUGUAUUUAACUGCACUGUAUCUUGUACUUGUGAGGAAAACAGCCCAUGCAGUGUAGCGACCGGCUCACCUGUGGCUUCCGGGGACGGGUGGGACCCUGCAGGUCCAAGAGAAAAGAUACAGUAGUUUUAUUUAAAUGUUCUUUUAAGGACAGACAGUAUAAAGCUCCAAGCUUUUUAAAAGCGCCAGAACAGACGACGAAAUCUUACACACUUCAGACGUAAAAGUGCGUGUCAUUUUUUUGCAGCUCAUUUUUUUAAAAGACAAAAACAAUCUCUUUAGUGUGUGUUUUCUUCGGGAGGGUGUGUGUGUUGGGGGGGGUGCGGAGUGAGUGUGCGCGUGUGUUCAAGCGGGUCUUUUUACGUGAGAUUUCGGAGCCAAACGGAUGCCGCGGGUGUGAAUGUCGGACGCUCGGCCUCUGCCGCUUCCCGAGCGUGAGAGGGGCCCGGGAGGGGCCCCACCGGAAAGGGAGCGGAGCAGCUGCCCGGUUUGGGCUAGCGCUGGCCAGGGGUGACCUCUAGGCCGAGCUUAAUAAGCCCCUUGAGCGAGCCGCCUUCUGGCGGCCUCCCCUCCCCGCCACCCACCCGGGCUCCCCGCACCUGGUGGGCCACUUUGACGUGGACAAACUGACUUACGCAGAGGUGUGAGGAAUCCCCAGCCCACCGCCCCUUCCCCCUCCCCGACCCGGGGAGCCAGGGACCGGGAUGCCCAAGCCGCCGAAGCCAAGGGGCCAGUUCGCUGGCCGGUGGAUGGGCUGACUGGAUGCCGUCCAAAGAGGGAGCGGGCCGUCCCGUGGGGAGGUGGCCCACGCUCAGCAGUGGUAGCUCGUUAGCCGCUUUACGGGAGACCACCUGUUUCUUCCUCACCAUCUUAAAACCCGACAGCACCCCCACCCCACCCUACUCGACCCGAUCCCGGGGUGAGGCAUCCAGAAAAGAUGUGUGAGAUUUCCCAGGGGCUCAACAAGCCAUGUUACAGGUCAGCUCAGCGUGUAACUUCUCGCUGCUGGGCUUAGUUACUUGAAUGUAUCAGGAAAAUCCACGUUCAACCUCUAGAAAUAUGUUGCUCCCCUAAAAGUGGUUUACAAGUCUUCUACCUAUAUAUACAUAUAUAUGUGUGUGUAUAUAUAUGCAUUUAUAUAUAUGUAUAUAUAAAAUACACACAUACAUGUACACACACACACACAUAUAUAUAUUUUCUCAAUACUUGAAACUUAGCCACUGUGCUUGGACAUAAAAGGAAAAAAAAAAGACAGGUUUCUUUUGCCAUCACUUUGGUGACUUUAUUUUUACCUAACUGCAUGUGGCAUGUAAACGGCCUUCUCGUACAAAAUUAGUAUUUAUUGCUUUAUAGCCAAGGAAUGCAAAACAAAACCCCCGAAACAAGAAAAAAUCGAAGUGGUUAUGGUAGUCUGUAUUCAAUCCCGUUACCCAUUUGUUACUGUUGCCGCAUUUGUAUGUUGUGUCUCAGAGUAGGUUUCAGGAGACGUAAGCCUAAUAGCACGUAUCUACAGGUUUGUGUGGAAAGUGUAUCCUGUUAUUAUUUUACAAGAUGAUGCCUGAUACUUUGUCAACUUUUUUUAAUUUUACUGUUCGUGUGAUUUAUUUUUCCUUUUGCUUUAAAUUGUGUAACAUCAAUUUAAGAAAAUAAACUGAUUUGAAAUUAUUGUCUUAA